AUGUCCGCUCCCCGAGUUGAAAUCGGCGCAGAAGGUGACAAUGACGUACAGAUGACCGGCGCAAAUGAAGCACCAAUCGAAGCUCGAUCCAGCGAUGCUACUGAAGAAGCGGUUGAUCCUGCCCCUGCGGAAGACGGCGAAUCGACGGAAACGCCUGCAGAACCUAGUCAGGAACAUAAAUUUUUAAAUUACCUAAAGUCACCGAUUAUUGAGCUUGUCAUUGGUAGUGGCGAUGAGCGAACGGUUUUGACGGCUCAUCAGGCAAUCCUAACAACAAGUCCAUUCUUCGCGGCAGAAGUCUCGAAGUUGCCCGAAAACGGCCCUCGCCGCAUUAUCCUUGAGGACCAAUCUUUGGAUGCCAUGGCAUGCUUUCUCCAAUUUCAAUAUACUGGCGAAUACUUUCCCAAACGCCUCGGCUCUCCAGCGGAAGGUCUGGAAACGGAUCCUUCUAUUCCAGAAGUUGACGACUCUGGCGAGCAACUUCUCAAACAUGCACGAGUAUACACUUUGGCCGAGAAACUCGGCCUCGAAAGCCUCAAGCUUCUCGCACACGGGAAAAUCCACCGCAUCAACAGUACUGCAAAGGGCGAAAUUUCAUAUGCCAGAUACGUCUAUACUAAUACCGCUUCUAACGACACCACAAUUAGGAAGCCGGUUGCCGCAUUCUGGGCCACAAGGAGCCAUGUACUGCGCCACGAAGCAGAAGCGGACUUCAGAUCCUUGUGUCUCGAACACCCCCAAUUUGGUUUCGAUGUUUUGAGUCUUGUACUGGACCAGAAGGAAAAGCGUGCGCAUGAUCGUGAAAUGGAUAGCCCUGCCGUCAAGGGAAGUGCUAGGAAGAGAACACGGAUGGGCUAG